GGGCUUAGCCGCCAUCAUUGUUUGUGGCAGUGAAGCCUACGUGGAGUGAGGAGAAGCCCCAGCGGAGCUUCGUACAGUAUCAGCCCCAGUCUCAGCCUGCGUUCCCGGCGAGCAGCCAUGGUUCAGACGUGCUCAGCUUACGGCUGUAAGAACCGGUACCACAAAGACAAAGACAUUUCCUUCCACAAGUUUCCUCUGGCACGUCCAGAUAUUUGUUGUAAAUGGGUGGCGGCGAUGAGGAGGAACAACUUUAAACCGACUAAGUACAGCAACAUUUGCUCGCAGCACUUCACCAAAGACUGCUUUAAGAGUGAGUGCAACAACCGAGUGCUGAAGGAGAACGCUGUGCCCUCACUCUUCACCUUCAACCUCACCAUCAAGUCAGAGUCCCUGGAGGAUCCCUUCCCCUCAGAGAUCCAUUUCCCUCUCACUCUGCCUCUGACCUCUGACCUGGCAGUGGAGGAGGAGGAGCCAGGGAGGAGCCUUCCCAACACCUGGGGCAACAUGGUGGCGGUCUCCUGCGACCACAACUACACAGCAGAGGACUCUGCCCGGCAGAAGAAGCGCAUUGAGCAGCUUGAGGAGCAGGUGGGGAGUCUGAGGAAGAAGCUGAAGACGAUGCAGCAGAAGUGUCGGCGGCAGGAGAGACAACUGAAGAGGCUGAAGGCGACAUGUGAGACACCGAGGACCGCUCACAAGCAGCCAGCAGCGUUUGGAGAGGGGUACGUGAUUUUACCAAAACACAUAUGCCACACACUCAAAGGCAUCAAGUAACAAGGAGGAGAGGGUGGUCAAAGUGGGCAACAGGUUCAUCCUCAUGUGUGUCAGCAGCCAGGCGGACUAUAGAAGAGCUGCUGAGAAGGCAGUAAACCCCAAAACUGAGAGCUGAAGGACUCAAUUGUUCAGGAAGGCAAAAGCAGGAAAUGGAAAACUCAGUCUGACUGUUUGGACUCCUCACAUAAAAAGUCAAUAAUCAGUGAUUAUUAAUUAAACUCAACCCCUAACCCUAACCCAGCAACAUCCAGAGUCCAGCAAUGUUCUUGAAAAGAACGGACAUGACAGUGGGUCUUUUCUCUUAUUUCAGUAUAGGACAGAAAGCAAAUGGUUGUUUUUUUUCCAGUUCCUCAAAUGUUCUGGUGUAAGGUUUGGGUAAAUUAGUGGCUCUAUUAAAAAGGAAAAAUAGAAGUGUGACUUCUGUCCUGUUUAUUUUUGUCUUUGAAGACAUUUUCCAGAAAGGAAGAGGCUCAAAAAGUUGUCUUUUGUUACAAAUGAUACAUUUGUAAUUCAUUACUUAUUUCAUUUUUAUUAUUUCAUGAUGCUAAAACGUAUGUGUGUGAGUGUGUAUGUGUGUGUUCCUACCUGUGGAAUCAUCAAACAGCUGCUAUGUACAAUAAACUUGAAUGAUGCUGAAUGCCAUAACAGCUACUUUGUGUGUUCCUCUCACUGGGAUUAUAUCUGCAGAUUAUGCGCACAUGGUAGGUCUGGGCGAUAUGGCCUAAAAAUGUAAUCCUUGUUUUGUUUUGUUUUUUCACACCAAACUUGAUUUACGAUGAUUUUGAUUGAUUUUUUUUCCUUCUCAAAAACAACCUACAAAUGAUAAAGAAUUUAUUCAAAGGAUUGCUUUUACUUUAAUGUUUUUAUUGUAAACAAAAUUGCCCUGCCAUUGUAAACUGUGCACCUUCAAACUCACUUGAAAAAAAAUGUGUCCCUUUUUGAUUAAAUGCUUUUAUAAA